AUGGAACCACAUUUGGGGCUUUCCGGCUUAUCGGACUUUACUCAAUACACGUUCAGUUUUGCUGUUAUCACAUCAAACAAAUUUGCAUGGAAAUGCAAAGCCUGUCAUAGAUAGUAAAAAGGGGGACAGAUGACUUCUCUGUUCAUGCCAUGUUGUGCUUCUAGCAACCAUAGAGAUGUGCUUGUGUGUGCACGUGUGUGCUUGUAUAUGGGUGUGUAUGUCUGUGUGUGGGGGUGUGCAUGUGUGUGUCUGUAAGGUGACAUUAUAUGGGUGCUGCUGAAGCCACAGAACACAGGAAAUCAGUAUUUCACAAAAACCGUUGCCUGUUCCUUGAUCUCUCUCUCUCUCUGUCUCUCUCUCUCUCUCACUUGUGUGUUAUUCCUCACUCUAUCUGCUGUCAGAGAAGUGUCAGUUGGCUGUGUCAGUCCAGGCAGAGUCGUUUUGCCUAACAACCCUGGCACCGCGACCUUGACACCCAGCGUGGUCUGAGCACGCUCCUACCGGCUCCUCAGAUCAGCUGAGUCACCAUGGGAAACUGUUCGUGUGGAAAACAGAGAAAGAAGACAAAUGAAGAUGGGAAUGACAGUGAUGAUCCCAGGGAUCCCGAAACAGACAAAAAGGAAGAGGAUCUGACAUAUGCCACCAUCGACCACGUAAACACCCAGACAGCCAGAGUCAUCGUGGAUUCAAGCAAUAGUGAUUGUGACUAUGCCGUGAUUAACCUUCCAGCUGACCCUGGCCUCCAAUCGCCAAUCAAAGAAGACUGCACGGAUGACUAUGUCCUCAUGGGCUGACCUCAGGGACAAUGUUUAUUUGAGGGUAGGAUGAGAGGGGGUAGGAGAGUUGCGGCGACAUGGAAACUGGAUAAGCUGCAUAAGACUUGACCUGGUCCACUGAUACGACCAUGACAUACAAACUGUUCUAGAAGCAGUGUGGGCUGGCUGAAUAAUGGGUCUGUUGGUUGUGUUGUUGCGAGCUUAUACUCAGGGGGUUAAAUCGGGCGGGGGCCAGCUGAGCUGCAACACACAUGGUUGACAUGAGACCUGGGGAGAGCUGAGGUCCAGGACUUCCACUGGCCAGUAGUUUCUUUUUUUUUUUUAUAUACAAGUAGAAAAUAAAAAGUAGGGCUCCCCCACUUCCCAAAUCCCGGUGUAACUCCUGCUCAUAUCGUAUACUUGUGUUAAUGUAUGUACAGUAGGCAAAAAAUGUUUUGUUAUUUAUUUGAAACACCUUAGCUUGCAGAGUUUUUUUGUAUAAUUUCAGCUGGUUGUUUUCCAUUUUGUUUGACAUGUUCCAACCUGGACAUUUAUUUAUUUUUGAGAAAUAUAACAUAUAAUAUUAAAAACAUAUUCUUUACAAUAUGUUUUUAAUGUGUUGUGUUUAAGAUCCUGGAGUCUCUAAUGACUCAUAAGUCCUUGUGUCAGCACAGCCAGUGGACUUUCCUGCUGGCAGAAUCCAAUGCGACAGAUCAGCCACCAUCCUUGGGAUUUUUUUUUUUCAUUGACAGAGAUAGGAAGAGUUAUCAUCUGUGUAUCCGUGCUGUGCUUAUGUCUGUUUAAGCAGCUUCAUUGAGACCACGCUGAAUAAAUUAAUGCCUCCUGAUGACCCGGUUGGAGUUCAGCUCACAUGACCAUGUGGACUACCAGGUGGGAUCAGCCAUUGACCCACCAUCAUUAGGGAUCAGCCAAUGACGAACCAUCAUUAGGGACCAGCCAAUGACCCACCAUCACUAAGGAAUAGCCAAUGAAGUUCCCAUUAAUUUGACCACAUUUAAAGUGAAUGCCUUGAACAGUAAUGUCCAAAAAAAAUAAGCUUUUUUAUCUGGCAACUUUAUGGAUGAAUCCUAGGCAGAAUAUUUUUCCCCACUUAUUAAAAUUCUGAUGUUACUCAAAAGACCAAAUAGUGGAAAAAGACCAGAAUUGGUCUGCCUGUGUAAAUAGCACCUUAGAGGCAGGCCGACCAAUGUGCUAAUAGCUAUCAUACUGACACAAACCCCAGAGAUACUGCUACCAACCACACACAAAUACACCCUCUCAGUUUUGGAAGGAUCAUUUCUGCUGGUGUAAAAGAGCGAGAUAAAAGGUUUAUGCGUCAUGAUUGAAUUAUUUGAGUGAAUUGUACAGCACCACCCGAUUAUUUGUCUCUCACAAAUCUAUUUGACAUGAGAGCAUUGUGACUUGUCAACCCUGUUCAACAGCUACUGUCCUAUUUUUGAUUGUAUCCUAUCAAUAG